AUGUCUUCUCAAUCGCCUACCCUCCGCAACAUCCAGACCUCGACCGUCUUCCUGAACACGACGCUCGCAGGUCUUAACCUUGGCCUCUCCGUAUUUGUGGUCCCCCGUCUUCUCGAGUCCCCAACCCCGCUGAUGCUACGACAAUGGACCAAUAUGUUCAAGCGAACCAGCCGUACUUUUCCCCUCCCUGUCCUCCUCUGCACCUUGAGUUACUGGUAUAUGGCCUACGCCCUCCGACAUCUCCCUACGAAGUCGAGGCUCUUUACUGCGGCCGGCGCUCUCUGCCUUACAAUUAUUCCGUGGACCAAGUUCCUUAUGCUUAGCAUCAACAAGAAGUUGUUCAAGAAGGCCGAAGAGACAAAGGACAUGGGUAUCAUGGCAAUUGGCCUAACCCAGGAGGAAGAGGAGGGUGCCAAGUACCUAGUCGAUCAAUGGGGCCUAUACAAUCUCGGAAGGAGUAUUGCCAUCGGUCUUGGGGGUGUCGUUGGAUUGUACACGAUCGUCUCUUGA